AACACCAAUACAACGUCUCCAAGGUUGCGCCUCCCACAUGGGGUGACCAAAGGCUUAGUGUGAGCCUGAUUAUUUCUGUAGCUGCUGGACACAAGAUGUUGUUAGAGUGGAGCAUCCAAACAAAUGCAUGGAUAUAGACUUACUUCUGUACCAGUUCCAGAGAAGAUGGUGGCCUCUGUGCUCACCUUCCUCAUCUCAAGUAAACAUGUUCAACCUAAUGAGCAACUGCUGCAACUGGGUAUCCAAGAUACAGGAGCCAAUCAGGAAAGUGACUAUUGUUGUGGUUGGUCUUGACAAAGCAGGAAAAACCUCCUCCAUCAGGGGGAUGUUUAGAGUGAACCAUGGCGUGGAAGCAGGACCCACCCAUGGCUGCGUGCGAAACGAGCUGCGAGUGGAGAACUACCUGGUCUCCCUGCUGGAUGUGGGAGGAUCAGCGGAGUCGAGAGGGGGCUGGAGGGAGCUGUACGCCGAGGCCCACGGGAUCAUCUUCGUGGUGGACUCCAGUGACAAGCAGAGGAUAAAGGAGGUCAAGGAGGUUCUGGCUGACCUGCUGAGACAACCCAGAGUGGCAGGGAAACCGAUAUUAGUGUUGGCAAACAAACAGGACAAGAUGAACGCUUUGCUGGGAAGUGAGCUGAUUGAGAUUCUGUCUCUUGAGAAGCUGGUGAACCAGAGCCGCUCUCUGUGCCAUAUUGAGUCUUGUUCAGCCUUAAUGGACCUGCGACGCUGGUCGGAAAGAAAGACUCUGCGAGGCCUCCGCUGGCUGCUGCGCGCGGUUUGUAUGGAUUAUCCUGAGCUGUGUACCCGAGUAGCCCAGGACAGCAAGAGGCCUCUAGAGACAAGAGAGAGGGAGAAGAACGGGAAAACUGAGAAGGUCCGCAGGAAAAACAAAGGGGAACGGUUGCGAUCCAGCAAGUCCGAUCUUCGUCAGGUUCAUCGGCCCAAAGACAAGGAGAGGAAGAGCAAGGGUGAAGGAAAACUGCAGCCCAUUCGAAACAUGCUGCAGAAGGAGUCCACAUUAAAAAAGACGCUGAAGACAAAGAAGAAGAAGACGGUUAAGGUCAAGAAAGGUGAAAAGGACCAAGAGGAGGUGAAUGAAGCAGAGGUGGAGGAGGAGGAGGAGGAGGAACAGGAGGCUGACGUUAAUGAAGGAGAGCAAGAGAACUCCAGUCAUAGAGAGAAAGCCAGCAGUGCCCUGAUCCCGCCCAAAAAAGACAAAAAAAUCAAACGCAAAGCAAAAGUAAAAGAAGAACCUCUGAACCUGCAAGAACCUCUGGACAAUGAAGAGAAGCCGCUGAAAGCUAAAGGGGAGAGGAGGAAGAAGAAGAAAGCUGUGAAAGUGAAAAGAAAGAACAAGAUCAACACAGAGGAGAUGUCUGAAGCUUACUCUCAACCCGUGGACCUCUCUGCGACCUUUGAUCUUUACCGGAAAGCGAUACUGGCUCUGAAGGAACGUCAGGGCCAGGAACAGUGAUUCCUGGGUGUGUUCUUCCACCUGCAGGAUGAGGAUGUAGUGCACUGUGGCAGUUUCCAGUCGCUUCACAUCACUUCACGGACUGUUACAACCUUCACCUGCUAUUAGACCUGAGAUCAACAUCCAUCUUGAGGGAUCCCACCACUAGUGGACAGACGCAUCAAGGACCCGUUUGAGUUCUGAUCACUCGGACCACAUCCGGAGAUGGUCUGGGACACACCUGGCCACAUUGUCUGAGCUGUGUGAGCUGAAAUGCAUUGUGGGCCGCAUAUUGAGUGAUCACAGCUGACGUUCUCUCUCCCACUACAGUUUCAUACUGAACCAAAAGUAUUUUUACACUUCCAUUGAACUGCCAUGACUUUACCACUUCAGACCUGAUCCCUGAACCUUUGAGAAACUUAAAUUCCAGUGUGUUGUGAAGGGCGGGUCUGCAUAAACAUGUAAUCAUAGAAAAAUAACAUUAUAAUAGAAACAUUUUUAAAUUACCACAAAAAAAUAAAUGUGAGUGCUUGGCCAAAUUGUUACAUGAGAUUUUGAUUGUAUAAUCUUACUUAGUUUUAAUUUUAAGGGAAACAUCAUUUUUCAACCGAAUCCUUUUUUAUGAUGAUUUGAACAAUGAUAGCAAAGUGACCAACACAUCUCUGAAAUUGUAUAAUAAACAUUUUGUCAGUAA